GAGUCGUCUUCUCUCUGUCUCUGUUUCGGGGGUGCUGGAGCUCGAAGAAAAGGGAGUGUUUCUUUAAAAAUGAGCUCUCUAGUGUCAAACUAAUUAUAGAGGAAGCCAAUAAGCUCAGCUGUUCCCAUUCUAACACUGUAAGAAGGGAGGGGUGGGGGCUGGGUUGCGGGGUUUUGGGAAAGUGAAGCAGCCGUAGUCUGCAAGAAGCGUGAAUCCAGCCUGCGGCUCAAUACCGGAACGAAUUAUUUAAGCUUCUUUAUCAAAAGAAAUCACAAAUCGCUACUAAUGAUGCCGACCCUCCGAGGGGCUAACCUGUUCUUCUGUUAGGAAUAUGUCUAGUCUCGUGUGGUGACAAGCGACGAAGUGACAUUCUUAUGCCUAUUUACCCCUCAAAUACAUUUCUUUUCAACUUCUCGGGAGAAGCGAGGAGCGGCAGACAAACCCCCGUAGAUCGAUGGCUCACCACUCGAGCGCCCUGCGCGUCCUGCCGCUCUGGAUUGUCUUGGCAGCUUCCAUGCCAGCCGGCUUUUUCUCUUUAAAAUCUCCUAGCUGUCACGAAGUGAAGACUGCAUUUCAGCAGCGGCAGAUCGGACUCUUGAAGUGGGUACCCGACGUGCCAGGCACAGCAGAAGAGGACCUUUCCAUCUGCCAACACAAAGAGCCCACCUGCUGCACAAGAAAAAUGGAAGACAGCUACCAGUUGGCUGUGCGCCGGGAGACCAUCGAAAAAAUUCAAGCUCUAAGUAUGGAGAUCAAGUAUCAUAUUGCGAAAAAUGCACAGUCUUUCCAAGAUACCUUCCAGUCCCUGAUCCAGUUUGCCAAGAAUCACACCACAUCUCUGUUUGAGACAGCAUACUGGGCGAUGGCCCGUGAGGCGACUGGCCCUACAGUAGAAUUCUUCACUGAUAUCUCUCUCUAUAUCUUGGGUUUUAAUGGCUCGGUGGAAGCAGCUGUCCAGCGUUUCUACAACAACAUCUUUCCUUCAGUUUAUAAUCGGCUAUUAAAUCCAGAGAUUACACAGCUCAGUAUGGAGUUCACUGAGUGUCUACGUAUGACCAGACCAAGUGUCAACCCUUUUGGGCCACACUCUCAAGCCUUGGCACAGAACUUGUCUCGUUCUCUCAAUGCUGCACGAUCACUUAGCGAGGCUCUAAGCUUGGGGAUGGAAGUGAUAAAUAUCAUAGAGCAUGUGUCUUUCACACGUGACUGCAUUCAGGGCUUAGUGAAGAUGCACUACUGCUCCCACUGCCAAGGCCUCACUCUUAUUAAGCCCUGUGCCAACUACUGCCUAAAUAUAGUACAGGGCUGCUUUAUGGGCUUAACAGAGCUUGAUCAACCAUGGCGUGACUACAUCUCUUCCCUGAAGGAAGUUACCAAUGUGAUGGCUGGUGCGCAUGACCUAGAGUUUGAUCUUCUUGGGAUUCAGAGCCAAAUUAAUGAUUCUAUUUUUUAUGCUCUUCAGAAUGGACCCCGGAUAACUGCCACGGUGAACAAAGUAUGUGGGGCACCAGCGGAAACAGACACCUAUCUUCCUACAGAAAGUCUGGCUGCUCAUGUAACAACUCCGACAGGCAAACCUCUGGCACCCUCUGGUGAGCUGUCCCAGAAAAGGAGAUCUCUACCUCUGAAAAGCUUCAAGAGUGAUAAGCCUAGAAGUCUAAAAAAGAUAUCUAGGGAAUUCAUGAGCCACAUGCAGCGUUUUAAAGCUUUCUACUCUACGUUACCCAAGGCAUAUUGUGAAGGAGAUUUGGUGGGAGAUAGCUCAACCUGCUGGGAUGGAGAAGAUGUUGUUGAAAGUUACACAGACAGAACAGUCGACAUUGGAUUUGACACACAUAAGCCAAACCAUGAGACUAAAGUUAAGGUACAGGAUCAUCUGCUGAACAAGGUCAAGGAGAAGCUGCAACACUUCAACCAGGUAAUUCAAGGCAAAGAGAUUCAAAAGGUUAGUGAGAAAUUAGGAGGAAGUGGUUCAGGACAGAAGUCUUUAGAAGCCAGCGGGGACUGCGAUGAUGAAGAUGGAUGCUUUGGAUCUGGAGAAGCAGAAAUUGUAUCUAACAGAAACACAAAUAAACUGAAUGGUAAGACAACUAUUGAUGAGCCUGUGAAGACAAGGGGAAGUGGAACUUCUACAAAAGUUGCAACUUCGACCACCAAACCUCGGUUCGUGAACAACAGAGGCACCUGCGCCUGUGCCACCAGUUUUCAACUGAUUCUGCUCUUCCUGAUGGUACUGUCCUGGAACCUCUCCUAGCAGCUGGAUUUCUAACCACUCACUGUUUAAUCCAUUCCAUCGGAGACUGGUGAUUGGAUAGGAGAGAAGAGCUGGGAAACAGCAGUGUUAGCUGUAGACAAGGUCAUGGAUGAUGCCGAGAAUGAUGCGGCCACGCCAAGGAAUUAUGUCAAAUUAAGUACAGUUACAAUGCAGCUUAUGAUGUUUUUAAAUUCAAGACCUUAGAAUACUCUCCGAUGUCUUUGUAAAGCCAAAAACAGGAAAUUCGGGCAUAUUCAGCUAUUGUGCUCCAUCAUGUGACAGGAAGUUGUACUUGGCUUUUGUACCACAGCCUUCAGGUGGAAAUCAAAAACAUGUCUUCAUUCUGCUGUUUGAUAUGGUAUGGUUAUUUCAGCCUGAAAUGUAACAAAUUACACUUCUUGUAUAUCUCUUGUGAAACAAUGGAUUUUUUUCAAUCAUCAUUCAGUGUCAACAAGUUGGAUUUUACCAAAUAGAAAAAAAGAUGGAAAUCCCAAAUUAGUGUGGGGAAACCAGAAGAUAAGUGUAUAAUAUUACUAACUACUGUAUAUGCCUCAGACAGACUGAAAUAAUAGAGCUGAUGUUCCUAUUGAUGGUCUCAGAAUAUCUGCUUGUGCUUAAGCUGCCAGGUGGCAUGUGGUUGUGGGUUCUUAAGGUAUGUAGGGGUCAUUAGGAAGUUGUCUGUGUAAUUUUGAUGUCAUGAAAUCAUUUAAUCUAACCAUUUGUAUUUUUCACUUGCAUAGAAUGAGUCAGCUGUCACACCACAUCCUCUGAAGCCUUAUGCAGAAAUAAAAUGAAACUCUAUAAAUAUAGCUCUA